GAUUUCGAUAUACGUCGUUGCGCGGUGAUAAAAUCGAUGUGCUUUACAACAAUAUCAAACACGCAUUCUUCCAGCCGUGCGAUAAUGAAAUGAUUAUUUUGAUACAUUUCACUCUGAAGAAUCCGGUGUUGUGGGGCAAGCGCAAAUAUCAGGAUAUUCAGUUCUAUACGGAAGUUGGUGAAAUCACAACAGAUUUGGGUAAAUAUCAUCAUAUGCAAGAUCGCGAUGAUGUGCAAAGCGAGCAGCUUGAACGGGAAAUGAGGAAGCGCUUGAACCAAGUUUUCCAAAACUUCUGUGACAAAGUUGUUCGUCAAACAAAUGAUGCGUUCGAUUUUGAUGUUCCUUUCAAUGAGCUUGGAUUCUUCGGUGUACCAUUUCGGUCAUCUUGCACUCUGAAACCCACCUCUUCGUGUUUGGUUAACCUAAGUGAAUGGGUUCGUGUGUUCAUUUAAAC